GCCCGCGUUUGUUGACGGUCCUUUGUGCUCGUAGUUUUGCUACGAGUGAAGGACCGUCACGCUGGGCACGCCAUGGCCCGCGUCUUGGAGUUAGGCAUGAGGAGGGCGCCGCCCUUGGGUUCGCGCCAGUGGGCUGGCGCCAGCAAGGUCACUCAAGAAGCGGACGAACAUGUCGCGACCGAGGGCGAGCAGGGCCGCGGGGGCCAGCGCAGUGGUGGCGCAUCAACGUGUGGUGUGAUGUCACUAAAGUAA